CCCAAAUCUUGCCACGAAUCGAAUCAAUCACACUGUCUGUCAUCAUCAAUCACACUCCGCCAAAGAUGCCUCCACAUUGAGUGGGACCCACAAAAAAACACCCAUUCACAAUCGGCCGAUGGAUAAAGACAGACAGACAGACACGCCACACAAUAAAACGGCAGUCACUGGUCGAUCAGGCAGGACACCCUCACACACACACACACACACACGCACACACACACACGGCCCGGCCCCAUUUGCGGCUGCAUGUCCGUCCAUUCAGGCCUGUGCUUGGCGUAUGGGCUCGAAGGUGUAUGUGGGGUUGGGCCAGGGGUGGUUGAUGCCUGAACGUGACUGCCGCCCGGGGGUGGCCGAGCCGGGGGCUAGCGACACCUGAUUAAACAACACACAAACACAACACACAACACAACACGUGGGUCGGCCGCUGCCCGCUGUCCGCUGUGGGGGAAGAGGUGGGUCUCUCUCACCUUCCAGUCCUGGAUCAAUCUUGCGAAGAGCGCACUGACCUCCGUCUCAGCGAUGCGCGAACCCGGGCACAUCCUCUUGCCACUGACGACGGACAUGCAGACAGACAGACAGACAGACACACACAUCGCACCAGCAUGGAUGGAUGGAUGGAUGUGUGGGGCAGAGGGCGCAUUCACUGACCGGCCAAAGUGCAUGAGCAGAUAAGGAUCCCUCAUGGUCUUGUCUCUGGCGGCCGCCAUGGGGCAUCCCUUGCUCGGCACGCCGCUGCUGCGCAGCCACCUCUCAGGCCUGCAUACAACACACACGGGCACACAGCAGCCAUCCAGCCAUCGGUGCUUUGUGACACGUGUGUGUGUGUGUGUCUGUGUGUGUGAGUUAGAUAUCGGGCGCACUUGAAUGAGUGCGGGUCGUCGAAUAUGGUUUCGUUCUUGAGGUAGGGGCUGGGCAGCAUCUGGAUGAUCGUGUUGGCAGGGACGUUGUAGCCCUGCAGCUCAAUGUCGUGGUCGAGCAGCCGCACAACGCCAUCUACACACAAAAAAACAGAACACAUACAGCCAGCGGGUUGGUUCUUGGCUUGCUGCGCUGCCUUUCACUCUGCCCACUGCCGACUGUGACGGGCGUCUUCCGGAAGGUCUCUCGGAUGCACGCCCGCAGAUACCUGUCAGACAGACCACACAAUUGUGUGACGACACACACACCAAUUGUGUGCAAAGAGGAAGGCAUAUAUGCUGCCUGCAGUGAGGCUCGCUCACGUGCACUUGGAGAUGUCUUCAGGUGUCAGGUGUCGGCCCUGCAGCAGUGUCUGCAUCUCAUGGCGGAGGGUCGUCUGCACGUCGGGGUGGGUGGCCAGGUAGUACAUCAGCCACCUGGUGAGCCAGCAAAGCAAGACGCCGGCCACAUAGCACACGACGCGCUGUGAUGUGAAUGGCCAGCUGGCUCACUUGAUGACCGAAGAGGUCGUAUCUACGCCGGCAAUGAAAAUGGCUGCACACAUACACACACACACACGCGCACAGGUGUUCCUCUUGUUCGUUGCCCUCCACUCCCCAGUGCACUCGGCACUCGGCUCACUUCCAGUGUUGAGCACAAGUUCCUCUCGGGUGUCUUGAUCGCUUUCAGCCAGCAGAGGCAGCUUGUGCGCCAUCCAGCACUUCGUCGACGAACGGCCCCCGUCGCGAUUGGCUUCACGGAGCCUAUGCACCGUCUCCUGAAUCACACACGCACACACACACACACACGCAACCAAAGCCAAGUGGCAGGGUGCACGUGUGAGUAGCUGGGUCGUCGUCUUGGCUUACGUCGAUGUGCACGUUGGCACGGUCGAACAGCUGGUUCAUUUGUCUGACCAUAUUGAGAUACAUGGGCGUGUCGACCUUGUUGCGCACCGCCUCCCUCUCGCGUGGGUCGAAAAUCAUCCUGUCCGCCUCGGCCAUCAGAUGGAUGCCGCUGUAGAGAAACUCUUCAUCUUCCUGCAAUGACAAUGAUGGAUUGACACACACAUGCGGGUGUCUGGCGGCUCUGUGUGGGUUACGGGUGAGUUCUCUCUUGCGAUGGCUCCGAUGCGUUUGUCGAACAGCACCUGGCCGAUCAUCUCAAAGGUGACGCGGGGCACCCACUCGUCCAUGCGAUCUGACGCCUCCUGCACACACAAAUAAGUGGGUCAUAAUGACAGGUUGCAAUCGUCAUUCAUUCUGCCCGAGCUGACCGACCGGCAGGUGCUCAGAUGCCUCCUUGACAGGCCUUUCCAGCAGCGGCAGGUAGGCCUGCGCGUCAGCGGGAUUCAGCAGCUUCUCCUGGAUGGACUCUGAGCAGAAAUGGGAGCAGCACGGCACUCAUAUCGAUCAUAUGUCACUGUCUGUGUGUGUGCGACGGUGUGUGUCUAGGUGUGUACUUGCCUCUCAUCCGCUGCCACUGUGCACCGGUGGCCACAGGGAGCAUCGGCUUGCCGUUCUCUUGGGCGUAGCGCGCCCAGUGGGGCAGGGAGAUCACAGAACCAGACGGCCACACGCCUUCCGCACGGGACACCUGCAGUCACGUCACACCACAUCCAUCCAUCCAUGCAUUGAUUGUACGUCCAGACAGACACAAGGACAGACAGCGCGCGUGGCAUGGCUGGACCUCCUGCGUGCGGGCUGACCUUUUCGAUGUCCCGCGGGUUAAAGAUAUACACACGGACCUGGCCAAAGACCUGCAUCGACACAACACAAGCAUGCACACACAGACGUAGGGAUGAGCCGUGGUACGUGGUCGUCUGUGGGUGGGGUGGGGGGGCUGACCCGUUCGUGUUUCACAGCGAUGUCUCCGUACAUCCUGUGAUAGUACUGAACCACCUGCUCAGGGUCACCUGAAGUCACACACGCACACACACACGCACACGCACACGCACACGCACACAGCACCAAGCCAUCAUUCAUCCCCCCAUCCACUCAUUCAUAUACAGCUGCCGAUCUGGACACCAUACCGUCUUUCGCCCCAUGCUCGAGCAGCUCCUCGACAGUCGACGGACCUGGCGCCUCACUCAGCGGCCGCACACUGAUCUCCCCAGCGCCAGCUACCCUGAACGUCAACGUGCUAGGCCGCCCUCCCUGCUGCUGUUGCGGUGUCUGUGGCAGAUCGAUGGAGUGCAGGAGGUUGGGCGGCGUAUGCGCCUGCGUGCCGGAAACGGCUGCCUGCGCAUGCCGAGUCUGCAAGCCCGCGCGUGAGGCGAUCAAUGAUGGAUGACGGGAUGCGAACCGGCGCAGCAUGACGGGCACGCGAGGGAAUGGCAAGCAGCAAGCGGCGGAGGCGCUAGCAA